UUCAAUCACGUGUUGUAAUUGGAUGAUGAUUUGUUUGCAUUAGGGUUUUGGGUUGCCAUAGGGGGCAAGUUGUUCUAAUUAUUUCUUGGAAAAUUGUGGAAUUGAUUGAUUUUUUUUGAGGUUCUGAAAAUCCAAUUUUCGUUUAUAUAAAUUUUAGCUUUCUUUGUUUCGGGGUCAAUGCAGGUUGAAUUAUGUGAAAUUUUUAGACUUUUUUUUUUUUUUAGAUCAAUGUGAAUUUGUUGUUAUUAAAGGGGAAAUUUGUGACGUUGGGCGGGUUUGUUGAUUUGAUUAUGAUAUUUUGAGAGAAAAACUGAAGCUGAGAAUUGGGCAUAUUUGAAUUAGAUCAGUUUGUAUUAAUAUCAUUUAUUGUGUUAGUUCGAUGGCAUCUUCAUCUGACUCGUGGGUGAAGGAAUACAAUGAAGCAGUAAAACUUGCGGAUGAUAUUAAUGGCAUGAUAUCAGAACGGAGUUCAUUACCAGCAUCUGGACCUGAAUCGCAGCGUCAUGCAUCUGCUAUACGGAGGAAGAUUACAAUAUUGGGGACUAGGCUUGAUAGCUUACAGUCCCUAUUGUCUAAGCUUCCAGGGAAACAGCCCAUAUCAGAGAAAGAGAUGAAUCGUCGCAAGGACAUGCUUGCUAAUUUGAGAUCAAAAGUGAUCCAGAUGGCUUCCACAUUGAACAUGUCAAACUUUGCCAAUAGGGACAGCUUGCUUGGGCCAGAAAUUAAGCAGGCUGAUCCCAUGAGCAGAACAACCGGCCUGGACAACCAUGGCCUAGUUGGUCUUCAACGACAAAUCAUGAAAGAGCAAGAUGAAGGGCUUGAGAAACUGGAAGAGACUGUAAUUAGUACAAAACAUAUUGCAUUGGCAGUCAACGAAGAGCUUGACCUACACACUAGACUCAUUGAUGACUUGGACCAACAUGUGGAUGUUACAGACUCUCGCUUAAGGCGAGUGCAGAAGAACCUUGCAAUUUUGAAUAAGAAGACAAAGGGUGGUUGCUCUUGUAUGUGCAUGCUUUUAGCAGUAGUCGGGAUUGUAGUUCUGGUCGUCAUCAUAUACCUUUUGAUUAAAUACUUGUAAUAAUGAUAAAUAACAAAGUAUCAUUUCCCCUUCCGGUGUGUGUGGCCUGGUGUGCUGGCUUUUACACUUUUGUUUGUUUGAACCGUUUUGGCUUGAUUUUAAUUAAAGCUGUCUUUGGUACUUUGUGAGCCAAGUGGAAAUGUUGAGGGAUGCAACAGCUUUGUAAAUUACAACUUAGAAGUAACACUGAAAUGGUAAGUAAUAAUAAAUUAUUGGGACUUUCAUUUAUUAUUA